AUGGGCUCAACGACGAGCAAGACGAUGUUAUCGGAGACUUGCCCACCAACCGGCUUCCCAGCCGCGACCGGUGCGAAGCCAUGCGGUUCUCCGCCUCCUAUGGCGUUCAUCUCAACGUCGCUUAUCGUCGGUGGUGUCAUCGGCGCUGCCGCAGAGGCGAGAGGCGAGCCGGUCUCCAUCGUGGCGGCCAGGGCGCUGGUUGACUUUGUGUCCGAGGCAGCUCUCUUGGUGAACGACGGCCUCUUCCAUGUUGCCGUGCGCGUCUCGGAAAAGUGGAGGUUGAUGGUGGAGAGGGAUACCGUGUUUUGGGAAAGGAGACGGGGACGGGGACGGGGACAGUAA